AUGGCAGCGAAACUGGAGGCAAGUAAACUGCACAUCAUUCGCAACCCGCGGCCAUCUGAUAUACCAAACCCUGCCGACCUCGAGUUUGGCAAGCAUGUAACAGAUCACCUCCUCCAGAUCCCAUGGUCAGAGGACCAUGGCUGGCAUGCACCUCGAAUCGUCCCCUACGAGAAUCUCAGCCUUGAUCCAACCGCAGGCGUAUUCCACUACGGCUUCGAGUGCUUCGAAGGGAUGAAGGCAUACAAAGACGCCCAGGGCCGGAUACGACUCUUUCGGCCAGCGAUGAACGCUGCACGACUGAACCAGUCGGCAGCACGAGUCGCACUUCCAACCUUCAAUCCCGUAGAGUUCCUGACCCUUUUGGCGAAAUUCGUCGCCAUUGAGGAUCGACAUAUCCCUGCUAUUCGAGGAUAUUCGCUCUACUUGCGACCAGUCAUAAUCGGAACAAACCCCGGACUGAGCGUUACUCCCCCCACGUCCGCUCUUCUCUACGUGCUGGCGACCCCAGCAGGCUCCUAUUUCCGCAGCGGAUUCAAAGCCAUCACGCUGGAAGCUAUCAGCAGCUCGCAAUGGGUGCGUGCGUGGCCUGGAGGCAGCGGCAGCCACAAGAUUGGGGGCAACUAUGCCCCCUGCAUGGUGCCAGAGCUUGUGGCCAAACAGCGAGGGUCUGACCAAGUGCUGUGGCUCUUCGGAGAGGACAAUCAACUGACCGAAGCCGGGACGAUGAAUCUGUUUAUCGUCUUGCGCCGACCUGACUUGGGGUGUCAUGAGCUGGUAACCCCGCCAUUGGACGGCAUGAUCCUGCCAGGUGUCAACCGGGACAGCGUGCUGAGUCUGGCGCGGGAGAGGCUGGAGCCGCAGGGCUGGCUGGUCCGAGAACGGAGCAUCUCGAUCCAGGAGCUGGAAGCGGCGGCUGCUGCAGGCAACCUGGAGGAGGUGUUUGGCACAGGCACCGCGGCUGUAGUUGUCCCUGUGCGCUGUAUCCGCUGGGCGGGACGGACCAUCAACUGCGGCUUAUCGUCGACAGAGGAAACGGGCCAUUUGGCAGCAACGAUGCGGGAAUGGAUUGAAGCACGGCAGUAUGGUGAAGAGGAGCAUGAGUGGGGUGUUCUGGUCGAUGAUCUUAUUCAGGCCCACGAGGUUGGCCUUGGGGCUAGGCUGUGA